AUGACUGCGCUCGAUAACAUUCAUAGUAAAGAUGAACCACGUAUCAGAAGAAGAUUGAAGAAGUCUAUAAAAAAAGUGUGCAGUAAAAAAGCAAUUGAACGAAAAUUACCUAUAAUACAAUGGCUUCCAAAAUACAGUUUUGGUGCUCUUAUACAGGAUAUAAUAGCAGGAAUAACUGUGGGUCUAACGGCUAUUCCUCAAGGCAUCGCCAAUGCCCUCAUAGCAGGACUUUCUCCAGAAUACGGUCUCAAUUCAGGGUUACUGGGAGGUUUUGUGUACGUGAUAUUUGGAAGUGUUAAAGAUAUCACAGUUGGACCUACGGCAAUUAUAGCAGCGAUGAUCAGCCAAUACGUUGACUAUUCUCCUGACUUUGCAGUAUUAGCGACAUUUUUGGCAGGAUUAGUAGAAUUUUUGAUGGGAGCUUUUAAUUUCGGAUUUCUUGUGGAAUUUAUAUCGAUGCCUGUCAUAAGUGGAUUCUCUACAGCCGCAGCAUUGCAAAUAGCAGCUUCCCAAUUUAAAUCUUUAUUCGGUUUGAAAGGUUCAGCUGGUAACUAUUUCGCCCAAUCAGUUGUAUAUUUUUUUGAAAAUAUAAAAACUGCUAGGCUAUGGGAUCCUGUCCUUGGGUUUGGAACAAUUUUUGGUAUAAUGUUACUUAAACGGAUCGGACUAGGAUGUUCUAAUACUGGUGGAAUAUUACAAAAAACUAGAUGGUAUUUAUCACUGAGUAGAAAUGCUGUCGUUGUCGUCAUUGGAAUUAUGAUUGCAUUUGUUAUUAAACAAAUCACACACGAGGAGCCUCUUAUAUUAGUUGGUGCAAUCAGCAGAGGUUUACCUAUUCCAGGAUUACCCCCUUUUAGCACUACAGUCGGUAAUGAGACUUACAGUUUUACAGACAUGCUCGGAGUAUUCGGACCGAAAUCCUUCAUUAUACCGUUAGUGUCAACUUUAGAAGCAGUAGCUAUUGCUAAAGCCUUUUCGAACGGAUUACAAGUAGAUUCUAAUCAAGAAAUGAUUGCUCUAGGUUUGUGCAAUAUCGCGUCAUCGUGUGUAAACAGUAUGCCAAUCACAGGUUCCUUUACAAAAACUGCCUUAAACAAUGCUUCUGGUGUCCGCACCACUGCUGGAGGGAUAUUUAACUGUUUGCUUGUCAUUUUAUCAUUGACAACGUUAACAACAACCUUCUAUUACAUACCUAAAGCAUCAUUAGCUGGACUUGUUAUUUCUGCAAUGUUUGCAAUGGUUGACUAUAAAAUAUUUGGGAAGUUGUGGAGACAUAGUAAGAGAGAGCUGUGCGUUUUGGUUGCAACUGUUGGUGUAUGUUUAGGAGUGGGUUUGGAGUAUGGGAUAGUGACCGGUGUGUUAUUUGACGCACUCAUGGUCUUGUACGGAAAAGCUCGCCCAACUGUUGAUUUUUACGUUUUAAAAAUUGCAACAGCUGAUUUGAUUGUGGUCCCUUUAAAUUAUACCAUUUCGUACUGCGCUUCUGAACAAAUUAGAAAAACAAUAAUACGUGCGGCUCGUACUGUUGCUACAGAUUCAUACAUUGUAAUUGAUGGAACUAAUCUUGAAAAUAUUGAUCUUACAGUUGCAUCAAAUCUUAUGUCUGUUGCGGGGGAUGUGGAGAAACGGACAUGUCCUGUUUUAUUCUUGAAUUUUGACGAAUCGAUAAAAAAUAUGUGUGUCGAUAUAAAACCGCAAUUACGUAGUAAAUUUGUGAGCACAACAAAUGUUUCCGAUACAGUAGACGUUUACUUGAAAUGUGUGUAA